UCAAUAUGCUGAGCAUCUGAUAUUCAUCUUGUUUACGAAAGGAAAUUACAUGAUCAAGACGUCUGCUAGCACGCGUGAUUAUUGCGCGGUACUUAAUUCGUAGUUGCACACGCCACACUUUUCCUUCCUUUCUUUUUCUCUAAUGCUUUGUAUAUAUAACUGUCUCUUAUUGCGUGUAGAAUUGCAUUGUGAUACAUUCACACAAAGUACAUAUUAUUUACCAAAUUUGAAAGAUACGAAACGUGGUUUUCAAUAUUAUUGUUAGUCAUAUAAAGUGAAGAUUUCUUUUCUGGUUGCAGUAAAAUUGUAUUUCUAUGUGAAGUAAAGUAAAGCAUCAUGCAUUCCAACAAAAGUAUUACUUGGCAAAUUACAGACAAUUCUGUAAAAAACAGAAUGAUUGAUAACUCUUUAUUACAUACAUUUGUAUCAUCGCAGAAAAUACGAAAAAGGACAAAAGUAAUUAAUGCAGAACUAAAAAAAUAUGGUGUGAAAGAUUAUAAAGACUACAUAGAUUUAAAAACUAAUAUCCUGCGAUAUUUGGAAGAAGACCCUGAUACCGAUGAUCCUGGCUAUCUCACUGACGUUGAUUAUAGCAUUAUAUACAGUUCUGAAUCAACACAGGCCAAGUAUAUAGCUGAAAGAACUAAAAAAACAUAUAAUUUUGCUAGUGAUGUGAAUUAUAAAACAUAUAAAAGCAAGAACAAUACUAAGAAUACUAAAAAUACUAAGAAUAUUAAGAACACCAAACUUAAAAGAAAGGAUGACCAAAGAGAACAAAGAAAAAACACAGAAGUACAGAACAAGCAUAGAGUACAAAGGAAUAAAUCAUUGGAAACAAAACAUAAUACAUCUAAUAAAUAUAUUAACAUAGGUUGGCAAGAAGUUAUAAGACAAAGAGAUGUAUCGCACUUGUCUGAUAACAGAACAUCUACAAAUAUUUCGAAUAAUGAAAAAGACACUUCUGAAGAUGAAGAAUGCAACUUUUUGAAGACACAGUUUAACAACCAAUCCUUUUCUCAACAAUUGACUUGCCAAAGCAGUACAUUAUCUAAUACAAUAAAAUCCAGAAAUAGAAAAACAAAGAAGAAUAAUAAAGGUUCCAACGUAAUGGUAAACAAAUUAUAUUCUGAAGAUAAUACAAUACUUAAUGAAAUAAAAGUUAUAAGUGAAAAUAAAGUACAGAAUUAUGAACAUCAAAAUAGGGUGUUAAAUGAUUUAACUUCUGAUUUAGAUUCACAAAGUUCACAUUAUAGUGCAACUCCGUCUAAGUCGACAGAAGACAUUAAUGAUUUUAAUAAUGAAUUAAAUUCUAUUACACAAAAUUCUGAAGAUAGUAUAAUAUCUAGUAAAAUAGAAGUUUUCAAUGAAAGUACAGAACAGAUUUAUGGACAUCAAGAUGCAGCACUAAAUGAAUCAAAUGCUAAAUUGGAGUUACAAAGUCCACAUUGUAAAGCAACUUCGUCGGAAUCAACAGAAAAUAUUAAUGAUUUUAAUAAUGAAUUAAAUCCUAUUACAUCAAAUUCUGAAGAUGGUAUAAUAUCUAGUAAAAUAGAAGUUUUCGAUGAAAAUAAAGAACAGAUUUAUGGACAUCAAGAUGCAGCACUAAAUGAAUCAAAUGCUAAAUUGGAGUCACAAAGUCCACAUUGUAAAGCAACUCCAUCGAAAUCAACAGAAAACAAUGAUUUUAAUAAUGAAUUAAAUCCUAUUACAUCAAAUUCUGAAGAUGGUAUAAUAUCUAGUAAAAUAGAAGUUUUUGAUGAAAGUAAAGAACAGAUUUAUAGACCUCAAGAUACAGUGUUAAAUGAAUCAAAAGUUAAAUCGGAUUCACAAAGUCCGCAUUGUAAAGUAACUCUAUCGAAAUCAACAGAAAACAUUAAUGAUUUCAAUGAUGAAUUAAAUCCUAUUACAUUGGAAGAAAAUAAUAGUGACAAAUUAACACAAGCAAAUAAUGAACAUCUAAUAAACACAGAUAACUGCAAUUCUUACAAAUCUAAAUUAUUAAAAAAUGUUAGAAGAAAAAAUAGAUUGAAUCAUGAUCAGUUACAUUUGUCUACUGUAAAUUCUAGUAGACACAGCACCCCAUUAAAAAAGAAACGAAUCAAUGUACCUAAGAUGUCUAAUUCGUCGCCAGAGACAUCAUCAUUCGACCAACAUAAAGACUCUGGAUUUGAUGACGAUUCACAAGAUAAGUUUUUCAAAAUUGAAAAAUCCAAUAUAAAAAGUUCAACGAGUCCGAAUGUUGCAAAGAAAAUUGUUUCCCCUAAACACCCAAAGAAGAGUACUAAUGUACCUGAUACAAAUGAUUUGAAAGACUCUAAAGAAGAUAAAAAUAAUACGCAUCUGAAAAUUUAUGACGACUGUUUACUAGAACAAGAUAAUAAAGAAGUGACGGAUAUACAUUCUGAAGAAGAAGAGAUAAAGAAUUCCUCUCCUGAUAAGGACGUAGAGCUUUCCACAAUAAAUCAGGAAGGAGAACAAAGUAGCAAAGAAACAAAGGAGUCCUUUGACGAAGAAGAAGUGAAGAAUUCCCUUCAGUUAAACCAAGUUCAUAAAGAUACAGAAAUUUCAAUAAAGGAGGAUAAGAUGCACACAGUGAAGUCAGAGAGCGAUAUUCAAAAACAGUCGUUGCUGUCUCCCAAAAAAGAAUACAGAUAUAAAAUUAAAGAUUCAUGCGAUACUAAAAAAUUGCAUUUACCUAAAAUUACAUGUACUGAAAUAAUCAACACAAAAUAUAAGAUAAUAAAUAUAAAAACUGAUAAUUUUAACAGCGACAUUAAAAAAGUAGAUAAUAUUAAUGACACUAAUGAAUAUACUCCUUUAAAAAAUAAUGCUUCAAUCAAUCGUUCAAAUGUCAAUUGGCAAGACGAAGUGAUAGACGUAAAAGAAAUUAAUAAUGAUACAUCAACGGUGGAAACUGAUAAUGAAGAGGAGAACACACAGAAGAAUACACGUUUAUCACUUCAAACUCAAAAGCGUCUUCAGCAGCAAGCGAAAUUAAACUUGGUUGUAAAUAGUGAUUCCAGUGACAGCGACAAUGCCGAAGAUGUCACUGAAAUUUCGAGGAAAUCCAUUAACAAUUCCGAUGUCAGCCAUUGCAGUGAAAAUGAUAGCCUUAAUGAUGAGUCUAAUCACGCUUGUAAACAAAUCGAUAUUAUAUCGAUAGAUAUUUCAUCCAGCGAAGAUAUUUGCAGCAAAAAGACUUCAGUUUCCACAAAAGAUGUGAUUAAACAAAACGCAACGAAAAUGAAGGAAGAAAUAAAGAAAAAAUCCGACAAAACUGUACUCUCAACAAAAUGCACGUAUGAGAAUAGUUCACUUAAAUCUGCUGCGAACAAGAAUCUAUUGAAAGAAACACGGUGCUCUGAAAAUGUAAAUAAUAACGAUGAACAUGUGGAAGACAUUGAACGUUCUUCAUUGAGUUCUCCAAAGGAUACUCUUUCAGAAUUCUCUCUGAGAAUUUCUGAAAGUAAUGUUUCGUGCAAUAAUAACAAUUCGAAUCAAUUUUCGAAAGAUAAUCAAUCUUCGUUGGAUAAGGAGAACAUGCGUAAUAAAAGUAAUCAAUGGGAGCAUAGCGUCCGCACCGAUGACCUUGAGACUAGCUGUAGGUCUGGGCUCGAUAUUUCUCACUACGAAAGACCAUACAACUUGCAGCAAUUAGUCGAAGCCCAAAAAUUACUUGUGGAAACAUUACCAACGAGUUUCACACUGGCGGAUAUUUCUGAUGACGAUGAAGCUUUUAUCUUAAACAUUCCAAAUAAGGUUCUACAGUACAAUUUACAAGAUCAAUUCCUUACGAUAAAGGGGGACACGAUAAAAUUCGGUAAACAUAAGUACAAAAUUAUGCGAAAAAAAGUGGAUACCACAUCUUGUGUUUUUGCUACUGGCAAAGAACGAAAACCAUAUAAAAUAGUGAAUAUUAAUGAAAUCAGCACUGUUACCGUACGAGAAAGAUUGCCUCCUUAUUUGGAAAAGUCAGAUAUAUUGGCUUCUCAUAGCAAUGUUAUUUCUACUGAGUCAAAAUCACCAAAAAUAAAUAAUCGGCAAACAAACAAAAGAGAUUUAAAGUUGAAAAUCUCAGGUCACAAGCGUAAAAGAUAUACUUCAGAUUUUGAAAUUAAACAAUCUGCGGUCAGAAAAAAACGAUUAAAAGUAAGUCAUUCUUAAAAUUCAAAAAGUCAAAGGAAAGAAAAACUUAUGUAUUUAGUAUAGUUAUAAAGUAAGACAUAUUAAACAUACAACAUUCUGUUGUUGAGAACUUCACUUUUUAUGCGAUACAUAGCUUUAUCAUGAAUAAAUCGAGGGAACAAAAA